GGCAGUGCGGGGCGGGGCUGCCGGAGUCCGGGUGCCGCCGGUUACACUUCUGAGCGCCUUCGGGAAGCCACAGGGCAGGGGGAGUGUGUGCUGAGAAGCGGGGGGAGGAGGAGGAGGCAGGCCCAGCUUCUGGGCCAGCCCCGUGACACACAGACAGGCAUAAAUCCGGCUGGUGAUGUUGCGUCCGGGCGCUCACGUGUGUAGAGACCCACCGGCUUGUCCGUACGCCGUAAGGGCACCUGUCGUGUGAGUGGCUCCGGGCGUGGCUGCUCGCCGGACGUUCAGUUUCUGUAAGAUUGCUCUCUAGGGGCCUACCUAACCCCCGCUCCAGAGGGGGAACCUAAGAAGUUUAACGGAGCCGGGUCUGAGCAGAUUAAGGGAGUGGAACAGCGGCUGGGCCGGAGAGGGUGGGGACUGCGGGGGCUGGGGGGUAGGGAACCACCUACUUGCCCCGUCUACCCGGCAGAAAGGUCUUUUGGCAAGACUGGCUUGACAAAGAUGGCCCUGGAAUGUCUAGAGUCCGGGCCGUGAUGAUCCCUGAGUGAGUGGCACCGGGCUGCGCCUGGGCAGUUUGUUGACUGACAAAGAGGGAUGCUAGCAGUUAGGAAGGUAAGGAGGAAACUCAGGAUGGGGACCAUCUGCUCCCCCAACCCCAGCGGGACAAAGACAUCAUCGGAGGUCUGCAAUGCCGACUGGAUGGCCUCGCUCCCCCCUCACCUCCACAACGUCCCCCUUUCCAAUCUGGCAAUCCCAGGCUCCCAUGACUCGUUCAGCUACUGGGUCGAUGAGAAGUCCCCGGUGGGCCCUGACCAAACCGCAGCCAUCAAACGCCUGGCCAGGAUCUCCUUGGUGAAGAAGCUCAUGAAGAAGUGGUCCGUGACGCAGAACCUGACCUUCCGAGAGCAGCUGGAAGCUGGGAUCCGCUACUUCGACUUGCGAGUGUCUUCCAAACCCGGGGAUGCCGACCAGGAGAUCUACUUCAUUCACGGACUUUUUGGCAUCAAGGUCUGGGAUGGGCUGAUGGAGAUUGACUCAUUUCUGACCCAACACCCCCAGGAGAUCGUCUUCCUGGAUUUCAACCACUUCUACGCCAUGGAUGAGGCCCACCACAAGCGCCUGGUUCUUCGAAUCCAGGAGGCCUUUGGAAACAAGCUGUGCUCCGCCUGCAGUGUGGAGAGCAUGACGCUGCGAGCCCUGUGGGAGAAGAAGUGCCAGGUUCUUAUUUUCUAUCACUGUCCCUUCUACAAGCAAUACCCCUUCCUGUGGCCCGGAAAGAAGAUCCCAGCGCCCUGGGCAAACACCACAAGUGUGCGCAAACUCAUCCUCUUCUUGGAGACCACUCUGAGUGAGCGGGCCCCGCGCGGCUCCUUCCACGUCUCUCAAGCCAUUCUCACCCCCAGAGUGAAGACCAUCGCCCGAGGCCUGGUUGGUGGCCUCAAGAACACUUUGGUUCAUAGGAAUCUUCCUGCCAUCCUAGACUGGGUGAAAACUCAGAAGCCCGGGGCCACGGGUGUCAACAUCAUCACCUCUGACUUCGUGGACCUGGUGGACUUCGCCACGACUGUCAUUGAAUUGAAUGACCUCCUCCAGGAGGACAGAGCUCUGGCUAAAUGCUGAUUUGAUUUUUAUUUUAGUGUUGACUUUGUUGAUCCAGGCCAGAGUUCUGAAGGGUUUCCUGUUAGGAUGGCCCCUGGCAGUGAUGGGGAAGGAGGAGGGGGAGGGCGUUUUCCCCUCUUCCUAGGGCCAUUUGGAUAAAAUUACAGAGCUUUCAGUUGCAUUUUUCCCAAAUGAGACUUUUUAAAAAACUGAAGUCCAAGGGAAGAAGCAGGUUUUGUGUGAUCAAAGUCAGGGUCUCCCCAAUGGUUCAUGAUGCUGAAUGUAAUGUGGAAAUGGGGUCUCCAGCUUCCUUUGAGUGUCUUUGAGUUGACCUGAUUUCCUGCUGUCUUCCAGGAUGUUAUGUGUGAGCCUGUGAGAAGACUGAACCAGAAAGGCACUCUUAGGCAAAAGAAUGGCUCAUGGCAGGUGUGGAAGGCUCUGUGGGGUGGCUCUAACAUCAACCUGGGGCUUUGAGGGAGAAAAGGGCCAGCACCAGUUCUCUCUGGCAUGCUGAAUGUCACCACUUCUUCCCCGGGAGAGUGAGACUUCUUUGUCAUCAGGCCAUUCCAGCCACAAGCUGUUCUUACAUAGCUUCUGCUUGGGAACUGGGCACCUUCAUUCUUUGGAUAAACCAUGCAUAUUGCCUUUGGUAUCAAAAUGUGUUUCCCAGUGGUAAAACAUUGAUUCCUUUCAGUUUCUCUCGGCCCCUUCUCAAAAGUGAAAGGAACAAUGGUGGGAGGUCCUUUCAGUGUGGGGCCCAACAAGAGACAGACAUGCAUGUGUGCCGCAUGCCACAUUUCUUUGGUUUAAUCCUCCAAGCUUUUCCCAAAAUGGCUGCUAGGUAAACUCCUGCCUCAUUUUGGCAAAGCCCUCUUUGGAACGGCAUCUUCAAGCUGGAUCUUGGAAUUGCAUUUCAUUGCCAUCUGCCGAGGACCCAGGUUUGCACUGUGAGGCACAACGCUAACAUUCACGCUAAGGGAAGGCGUCUCAACCGUGGCACUGCGGAGACAGCCACAGGAUGCGUGGGGAAGUGCAAUGGAUUUGAGGAGGAAGCUCCAAGAGGGUUUGGAGCUGUUCUGUAACUCCUUGAAAACCAGACUACCUCGGGGACAUUCAGGAUGACUUGUGUGUCAUCGAGUGAGAGAUGUGCGGUGUUGGAACAUUUCCAAUUUGUGUCUUGAUAGCUCUACUUCUUGCAGGUUGUCUUGAGCCUGCUAAUCGCCACUGCAGGAGGGCUGUGACACUCAAGAGGGGAUUUUGUUUUGUUUUGUUGUUUUGUUGUUUUUGAAUGGAUAAGAGGUACUUAUCUAGAGCAAGCCCUCUUGUGUGUAUAUUUAUUUAUUUAUUUAUUUAUCCAUUUAUUUAUUUAUAGAUCAAUUAUCUUCAGUGCUUCUUACCUCAAGAGCACUCACAAAGGAGCUGCCUGAACUUUUCUCACCCAGGUCACCAGGUUGACGCUGCCCUGCUCUUCAACAGGCCUGUGCGUUUCAGGACUGUGAGUGACCUCUGAGUGACCUCUGACUCGCCUGCAGAUGUUCCCAGCUCCCCCAGUCCUGUCAGGACAGUGUGCAUUGUGUGAGUGUGGCCCAAAACAGAGAAGCCCCUCCCGGGCCCUGAACGGGGGGCCCGAGGAUGCAAUGGGUCAUGAAGAACCCUCAGUUCUUGAGGGAGACUCUCUUAUAGAGGGUUGGAAAGGAAGGAUCUGGAAAGAAAACUGGGCAUGGGUGUAUGUACAUGCCGAUGCUGCUCAGAUCUGUCUGAGGAUCCCUAAGGAAAGGUCACCUUUGGAUUCUUAAGGCAGAAAGAUAAACAUGGACUCCUGGACAGAUGUGUGUGUGUGUAAGGACCAUUGGGCUACCCCCCCAAGUGGCUCACCAUUCCUCCUCUGCCAGUGCUCACGGCUGUGUGGCGGCAGGCCCUAGGGGCAAGCUCCCGAACGCGCACGCGCAGCUUGCACUCUUCCAGCGUCUUUGUCAAGUCGGUUCAUCCCUGACCUUUCGCUCCUGCGGCUGAAGGGGGGUCACAACAAAUGCCUCUGGGAAAAUCUGGCGUAAUUUUUCCUUGUUCUUGCAUUCGAACCCCCACUCCGAAACGUUUCUGGGAUUGUACUGUCCGUUUUUAGGGCUUUCCAUGGAAAGGAGUAAGAACAGAAGUGCCCUCACUUUUUCAAUUGUUCUUCAGUUCUGCUGUUGAACCCCAGUGACAAGCUUGGAAAUCCCUGGCCUACCCUCAGGAUUUUAUUUGUGUUGUUAUUGUUUCAUUUUGGUCUUAUUUUUAACUCUUGAUUGAUUGCUAGGGACUAGAUGGUCUCCCCUCUUUUAAUCCUUUGUAACUUGGCAAAGAGAUCAGGAGGCAAGAGGAGAAUUACUCUGCUCUGUUUUAUUUGAGCCUCAACUUUGUCCAGGUGCUCGGUGCUAUGAGGCCAGGUGUGUUGGCGGGGACCUACGUAGGAUGCCAGUGACACCCAAGGGCUGCUGACUGUUCAGUGAAAUGUUUACUUGAUUUUUUUCCUUUCGUUUUAAAAGAUAUAAUUGCACUUCACUUGGGUUGUAACAUUUAAGUGCAUCUCAGUAUUUGCCUGGUAAGAGAAAAGUCAUCAACCAUGACACAGAAGCACAGGAAAUGGUCCCAAGGUCAUGGGCAUGGAGUCCUGCUCUAUGCGGCAAGUGCAGGUGCGCACCCCUCCUUACUGCUCUGGGUUGCCAGCCUGGCUUGCAUUCUCAAAUUCUGCCCAGGAGUUCUGGGAGAUGGGAGCAAGAUUAUUUGCAGUUCGCCCUUGUUAAACACCUUUGAACUGACAGAAUCUCUGCUCCAAGAAAAAGUUGUUCAACAUAUCACAAAGGAGGUAUGCAUUCUGCUCUUGGACCUAAGGCCAAGCAGGAGACUCUGUGAUGGGACAGAGGAACAAUAGACUUUCGGUCUAUGACAUAAAAAUGAUUGACCCAACCACAUCAUUUAUUCUCACAAGAUCAAACAAGGCUAUCAUGCUUACUCAGAAUUCACUUCCAUGGUCAACUAAAGAGCUACUUGACUGAGUUAAAGAGGGCUUUCUUUUCACAGGAUUUGGGGCCACAGUUCUUCUGAAAUGUAGGCUGAGUUUUUCAUGAACUCUCUGGACCAUUCGCCACAUUUCCAUGGCUUUGUGGCCAAGCGGACAAUCACAGGUUUCAGUUAGAUUAGAGCACUGUUUAAAGGUUUGAACUUGGAGCCUAUAAGAGGUACCACUGUGGUUUUAUGGUCACAGAAGAUAUUCUUAGGGCUGGAGAGAGAAGUCAAGAUGGAACUGAUGGAAGGGAUGAUAAAUGAUUGUGGUUUAAAUCUUAAAGUAAUGGCGAACUGAAGGGGGUCAUACCAAGAACUAUUAUAUAUAUGCUGUAUGAGACCUCUAAUAAUUGCAUUUAGUUAUUUCCUCAGCACUGAGUCCAGACCCCUGACUUCUUGAGAAUAAAUAGUUAGGCCACAGUCCAAACCCAGGAUUUUUAUAUAAACUCAAGGAAAAGCACAAGAUCUGAGCCCAGGUCACGACUAAUCUUAAGAAUCCUAGUUCUUCUUCAUGACCUCACAUUCACAUCACAAAGUGGAUGUUUCUGUUCAAGAAGGUGACGUGGUGGAACACUCCGGAAUGAAAUGCAGUUUUGUCGUGGUCAAGAUUUUGUUUCUGUUUUUCGGAAUCCUGCCAUAAGAAAGUGUCCCCCAAAAAGAUGUGAUUACAAAGUGGUAAGAAAGUUUAGUGCUAAGCUUUAGUGCUAAGCUAACGGUGGAGAAACAGAAGAAAUUGCAACUGAAAUGAAAUGGUUUCUCUUCAUGGAAGCACUAGGGCUACACAACUUCAGGCCAUCUCAUCAAAUGAGUUCAUGCCCCAGUGAAGUUUUUGUAAUGUUCUUUAUUGGCUGUAAAGUAUUGUAAUGUUCUUUACUGGGAGGUUCUGGGAAACGGAACAGGCUAACAAGUGGGUCCCAGCCAUGAGACUUCUCUCUCGUGGCUUUUCAGUUCAGUGACCCUGUGCUACAUCUGCCUUGGAUCCUUAAUCUGGAAUAAAGACGCUGUCUGCCACAUUAGUGCUGUUCUGCAAACCUUGGUGGACUAGCUCCCCAAAAUAUCAGGCCCUUUAUGGUUAAAUUAUAUGUCUCCUAUUCAUUCUUCCUGUGCUUCAUGUGUGAAGAAAUGCUGUUUGGGUUCAUUUCUCAAAAGUGUGGUGUAGGAUGAUGGAACUGGCAUGACUUUCGCGACUUUAGUCAUCUGUCGAAUGAGAUGAGCGGAGCUGAGUGAAAUCAGCCGGCAAGCACUCAAGAUCCUGAGAGGUGGGCUUUCCCGAGUGCAUGCUAAACGGUCAUGUUAUGUUCGAGGGAAUGAACAGAAACUGAUAACAUCAAAUAUCCUGACAGGAAGUUUUGUUUUCUGUGGCAUAGAACAUGGUUGUCCCUCAAAAUUCUGCUACCUUCCCUGUCUUCCUUGGCCUUCUGCCUCAGAUGGCUUUCUAGUAUUUGCCAUCACAACUUUGUCACUCACAAAUGUCACCUUGGGAUACACAGAAGUGAAAUGGUUAGGUGAUAAGUGAUUUAGCUGGAAAUUGACUCUAAUUCCCAGUGAUCAUGAACAGCUCUUUACCACACCAGGAGAUGUACUAUCUCCGUAUCUUCUGGCUUCCCCGGCUUCCAACUAGAAAUAUUGACAUUAAAGCUACUAUAUUGCUUCAUGGACCCUUAACCCAGAAGAAUACAGUAGAAAAUGCUACUGAUACUGUUGAAAUUGUGUUUUAAUAUGCUAUAAAAGUAUUCUAAGAUAACUCUUUCGAUCCUGCAGUGGUUACAGUGUUCUAGUCUUUUCUCCAACAAAACUUAUUCUUAAGAAUUUUCAGACUUGUUUCUAAGCCUAUGUAGUUUGGAUACAACAUUUUUUUCUUCUCUUCACUGGGAACUCAAUCCCACAGUCCACUGAGAUAACCCCAUCCAUAGUCAAGAGGCAUUUUCCUCUCUCAUUCCUUCUGAUCGCCACAGAAGACCAUUUUCCCCUCUUGUCUCUUGGGCAUCCUUUAACGUCUGCCGGUUACAAUGAAUAACAGAAUGCUGGCAAAACUUACACAAAGAAGCACACGCAUUCGAUGAUGUCCAAAUGCAUUCUUAUCAUGGUGGUAAUCGCCCCGUACUGUUCCUGAAUGCGUAAUUCUGCCCCCCGCCACCACCACACACAGAAUCUGAUUGGAACUCAGAACCGGGGGCCACCGCUUCAUUCAAAUAGUAGGAGUGGGCUCUCGAGCAUGGAGCCCAAUGAGAAGCAUAGCACUUUGAAGUCAAAUAGACCCUCAGUCGCUUUGUAUAUCUACAGUUUUACAUUUGCUCUUAAUUUAUAGCACUAAUAACACUGUGGUCACGAAUCUGUAGUAUCAAUGUGAUAAAUCUUAGUACAUAUUCUAGAAACAGUGCUACCUGGCUGCUACUGUACUUUCUGGCUUAUGCCCCAGUAUUAAUAAGUAUCUCAUACAGAUUGUAUAUGCUUUGUUCAUACUGGAUAAUAUGCCAACUGUGAUACUUAACCUCACUGAUCGGCACUUAAAAAACACAGAGAUUAUCAUAGUGAAAAUACGUCUUGGUCAAUUCAGAUGACAUGUGAAUCUGAGAAAUAUUCUAUUAGAUAUUAUGUUUGUCCUCUAGGCUUGUUUUAUAUUACAGUGCAUGCUGUUUGCUAAGUUAAGUAAAAAAUAACAAUAAACUAUACCAAUUAAAGGUUAGAGUGAAAAUUUUACAUAUAUCCUGCUUGGUACUCUGAAAUGUAUUUUGUGGCUUAAUUAUCUUAUUCACACACAUUUCACUUGGCUUUUUCCCCCCUAGGAAAUCAUUAUUCAAAUAUAUUUCUCCUUCUUUCUUAUAAACUGGAUCACACUGCUUAAUUCAACCUAAAACAUUGUAAAGCCGGAUUACCUCAUUUUAACUGUGAAAAAAAAAUUAAUAGAUAUGAUGACAUAAUGUCUUUUCUUGUAUUUUAUUUGAACUACCUAAAUAGGCUUAAACCUAAUAAUAAAUAUAAAACUUCAGCAGGCAUUUUCCUUGUUUCUGUGUG